AAAGUUACUUUCCAUACUUUCGUAAGUCAGUUCGUUUGAAAGUUUGGAAAAAAAUAGAAGAACUAUGCAGUCUUGGUUUCUCUUGCUGAUUAUUGGGCAAACCGUAACAAUAAUUCUUGGCGUUAAACCUAUGGUUCAAAGAUAUAAUGACACAAUAGGUCCAGAAACUCAGAGGAUAGAAAAAGAGUGCCUUAAAGAGGAAUCUAUUCCGGGAAACUUUGAUCUACCUCACUACAGUGUGACUGAGCACUUCCUCGGACAAAUUCAACAUGCUACUGUUAUUCCAAAAAAUGCGAAAUGUUUUUUCCGCUGCUGGUAUAAAAAAUAUGGAAUUUUAAAGAGCAACUUUGUUACAUCUGUCGGACCAAUCCCGGAGCUCAGGCGACAUAUGCUCGAAUGUAAUCAUGUAGCGAGAGAAUGGGCUCACUCGCAUUCUAAUGGCGACGAAUGCGAGUUUGCUUGGUCUUUCUAUAAUUGCGUACACCAGACAGUGAUGAAGUGUAUAACUUAGGUUUUUUAAAAAUAAUCAAUCGCCCGAAAAUGAAUCGUAAGAAAACUUUUACAAGUGACGUAAAAGUUUUCAGGAAUUUUGCUUGUUUUUGGUUGGCCGAGGCGAUGAUUAGAUUUUUAAA